UACAAACAUCUCACAUUUUUUGGUUCAUAGACAAAUUGACAUGGAUUCGAAGAAGAAUAAACCAGACAGAAAAUUACAAGCGGUGCUAAGUCGCAAAUUCGUGGUUAGAAAUUCGUACUUCACCGACUUGUUUGAAAAAAAAGAGACACGCGUUAUCUACAACUUGUUCGCAGUAUUUGCCAUUUCUGCAUUUGUUAAAAAAGGGUACACCGAAUAUGUAACCGAGGGAAGGGUACGUUUUGGAAUUGAUUUUCUGGCACUCAUGUUUGUUGACUUUGACAAGACGCUUUUAAUUUGGUCAAGUUGUCUAGGGGCGUCCUGUGCGUGUUUCUUUUGUUUUAAAAUCUGGGCCUCCUUCAGGAAUUUCAGCAAAAUUUCUACAAAAUUUUGGGACUUGAGUUGGACUUCGUUGCUGCUCUUUUAUUAUUGGUACAGUUUCAAACUAACUGGUGACGCUGUCCGAUUUUACAACCUUCCGAUCGUAGCUCGCUUGUUUUGUGCGAUGGAAUGUGUACGACUGGUGAUGAAAUCGCACUCUUUUGUAAGAAAUACGCUUCCAGGGGUAAUUCGUUCGAGCCACCGGCUACACCUUCCAAGUUUUUCCAGCUACGUACGAUUCCUCUUCUUACCCACUCUUAUUUACCACGAAAAUUACCCCCUAAGAAAGGAAAUCAACUGGAAUUUUUUCCUGAAAACAUUAGUCGAACUUGUGGUCGCAAUAUUUUUGGUCAGCUUUGGGAUAGAAAAAAUUUACAUUUUCAUACACGAAAUAGGUCUGCGAAAAUUCACAGUGACCGAAAUUUUGCAGGCCGCCCUAGAGAACCACAUUGAAUAUGGAGUAUUUUUGCUUAUGUUCGUGCACUAUACUUGGUUUCAUUGUGUUCAAAAUUUAUUCGGGGAACUUUUUCGCUUUGGAGAUAGGUUGUUCCAUACAAACUGGUGGGAUUUAAGUGAUAUGAGAAUGAGUUUAGUAAAUUGGAAUUUACUUGUUGUGGACUGGAUAUAUUAUUAUGUUUAUUUAGACUUUAAGAACUACGUCUAUGAUAACAUUUUUGUAACAAGACUGGUAUCUUUUUUGCUUUCGGUUGCUGUUCAUGAGUGGUUCGGGUACCAGUUUUCGAGUAACCUUCCUGACCGAAAUCUUUUUGUUCUUUUAAAUUUGUAUUUUAUUACUUUGUCUAUAACUCUUGGCAUUCUUUACGCUGCCGAAUAUACCAUUUCCAUUAACGUACCUUGCGAUAAUCGAUCUCGUCUGGAGCAGCUAUUUUUGCCAAGGUUUAUAGAUUACAUAACGUGGGAAUGA